GUGUCGCAACUUUUUCCUGCUACAACCUCUACAACUUUCCAAGGUAUGCAAUACAUUGCUGGCAUAUAUCUCCCCAGUUAAGACUCAUGAAUGGGUCAUUUACCCCUCUCAAUCGCCUCACAACAAAAGACCGACCCAACUUCAAACAACGAAGGUCCGACUCUGCAAGUCAACAAACGAACUCGCGUGGAGUCCAGCUUCCCAUAGAGACAAAGCUGACUGGUCUAAAUCUCCCGCCUCACCACGAAACAUUCUAUACGCCAGAAUCAACGAGCGAGAGAAGCAUAACACUGAGCGACAUUGGCAAUUCAAGCUCGCUUUUCUCCUACGACUCUCCUGCAUCUUUUGAUUUCGGCGGCGCGAUCAAAUCUGCUAAAAGCGAUCGCCCGAUACCUUUUGUGUUCGGCAUACCCAAAGAGUCUCUUCGACUUGAGGGAACACGACAGAACAGAAUGGUCAACGAAAGAUCGCCUGCGAAGGCGCCUCUGCAGACGGUAGCACUUAACGAGCAACCACCAAAGCAGGCAGAUAACUCAUAUGCCCCUAAGCCGCAAUCAACAGUGCCACAAUUUGGCCAACCAACAUUCCCCUCGUCACCUUUGCAUCGUGCGCCGGCAAAAGACUCAGGUCUGUUUAUUCAGCCCAAGUCCCGCCCAGAGCAUCAUAGAGAUGGAGAAAAACCAGCACAUCCUCACGUUCAAGCCGCCAAGGACUUCGUUCGAAAGGUUGUCCACAAUCCUCUCAUGCCUAGAGCCCCAUCUCAAUACCAGCCAGAGUUGAAAUAUGCACCGUCACCAGUUAAUACUGCAUAUCGAGCACCUGUGCCUCAGUACAAUACAUACACUACAACCAAGGCAGCACCACAACAACUUUUCAGCUCCUUAGGUGGCCCAUCUGGCGGAUUUCAAUCUAUUAAUUCCGGCAGUAACUACAUUGACCUUACCACAGAUAACUACAGAGACAAGUAUGUUGCGCCAUCAGCAGAGUCAUUCGAACCAUACACUUUCGUAGAUCCAGCAAAGGCACAGGAAGAUCUCAAGGCCCUGCUGGAGGGUGCUAUGGAAGACGAAGAUGAUAUGCCAACAACUCGAUCUCGCAAGAAGAAAAAGGAUGCCGAAGUUGACGGUCUUAUGGAUAAGCUGAAUGGUCUGAGUGUUGGAGGGGAGAAAAUCGCGGUCACUUCUGACGACGAAGAGGAUGAAGAUGAUGGCACUGUUGAAGGAGUCAAAGUCAAGUUGUUGCCCCAUCAAGUUGAAGGUCUGGAAUGGAUGAAGGGUCGAGAGCUUGGAACUGGAAAGAAAGGAGCCAGAGUUCCGAAGGGAGGAAUCCUAGCAGAUGACAUGGGACUCGGAAAGACUCUUCAAUCCAUUUCACUUAUUCUCACCAACCCCAAGCCGACUGACGACGCUACUAUCACAAAACGCAAAUUACCAACUGGUUUAGAGAAGACCACUCUUGUUGUUGCUCCUCUCGCCCUCAUCCGUCAGUGGGAGGCUGAAAUUAAGGACAAGGUGUCGAGCUCCCACAUGCUUCGAGUAUGUGUCCACCAUGGCCCACAACGCACAAAGCGUUUCCAAGACCUGAAGAAGUUCGAUGUUGUAGUUACAACCUACCAAAUUCUGGUCUCAGAAUUUGGAAGCUCCUCAGAACAUGCAGACGGCGUUAAGGCUGGAUGUUUCGGUCUUCACUGGUAUCGUGUCAUUCUUGACGAGGCACAUACUAUCAAAAAUCGCAACGCUAAGGCUACUCAAGCCUGCUAUGCGUUGAGGAGCGAGUACAGGUGGUGCUUGACCGGUACUCCUAUGCAGAAUAAUCUGGAUGAGCUUCAGAGUCUGAUCAAAUUCUUGCGUAUCAAGCCUUACGAUGAUCUGAGAGAGUGGAAAGAUCAAAUCGAUCGCCCAAUGAAGAAUGGUAGAGGAGAUGUCGCUAUCAAGCGCCUCCGGCAUUAUCUUAAGAUCUUCAUGAAGCGUCGGACGAAGGAGAUUUUGAAGAAGGACGGCGCUCUGAACCCUGGAGGCAAGCCAUCGGUUGCUGGCGAGGCCAGUACGACCGGAUUCAAAGUUACGGAACGUAAAAUUGAGAAGGUCUUUGCAGAAUUUUCUCCUGAGGAACGACGCUUCUAUGAACGUCUUGAGCAACGUACCGAUGCUAGUAUUGAGCAGAUGAUGAGCGGUGAGAAGGUCAAUUACGCCAGUGCAUUGGUCCUUCUGUUGCGUCUCAGACAGGCUUGCAACCAUCCAAAGCUUGUUGCUGGCAAACUCGCCAAGGAUAGCGAGGCUCUGGCUGCGGACUCGAGUAACACGAAGAAGUCCAAAACUUCAAAUGCUGAUGUCGAUGAGAUGGCGGAUAUGUUCGGUUCUCUGGGUGUCGGCUCAAAGAAAUGUGAAGUGUGUCAAUUGGAGCUAGGAAAGACUGCCAUAUCGGAAGGUGCCAUCCGAUGUCUGGACUGCGAAGCUGAUCUUGAGGCUGUUUCAACUAAGACGAAAUCUCGAAAGGAUAAGAAAGAGAAGAAGAAGCGCAAGGACCGCAGUGAGAAGAAGUCAGAGCCAAAGCUUCUUACUCGUAAGCCACGAAACCGGAAUAUCAUCGAAGAUAGCGAUGAUGAGGAUGAGGACGCCGAAGGCUCUUGGGUUGUGCCUAAAGACCAGCAAGGCUCCUUGACGCUCGGUAAAGCUGGUGGUCUGGCUGACGAGAAUGCCGAGGGUGGUGGAGAGUGGCUCAAUUCAGAAGAUGAAGAUGAUUCGUUUCCAGACCUUCAAGAUAUCAAACCUCAAACGAAGAAAGAGGUCGUCAGCCUUGAUUCGGAUUCAGAAGACGAUUCAGAAGACGAAUCAGAAAAAUAUUCAGACUCAGGUGGAGACUCCGAAUCGGAUUCCGAUUCCGAUUCGGCCGUUGAAGAUGAGCUUGAUGGGUCUUCUGACGAAGGAGCACAAUUAGCUACCAUUGUCACGUCAACCAAGAUCACACAUCUCCUGAAGAUUCUCAGCAAGGAGAUCGACCAGCACAAGUUCAUUGUCUUCUCGCAAUUCACAUCCAUGCUGGAUCUCAUUGAGCCCUUCCUCCGCCAACGAGGCUUCAAGUUCACUCGGUACGACGGAAGCAUGAAAAACGAUAUGCGCGAAGCCAGUCUCUCCAAACUUCGCAACGAUAAGAACUGUAGAAUUCUACUCUGUAGUUUGAAGUGUGGAUCCCUCGGACUUAACCUCACAGCCGCAACUCGUGUAGUCAUUCUUGAACCGUUCUGGAAUCCUUUCGUCGAAGAACAAGCUAUCGACCGUGUUCAUCGCCUCACCCAAAAGACCGACGUAAUCGUCUACAAAAUCACCAUCAAAGACUCCGUCGAAGAGCGUAUCCUAGACCUGCAAGAGAAGAAACGCGAGCUCGCCAACCAGACCAUUGAAGGUGGCAAGGGCGGCGCAGGCAAGCUCGGCAUGAAGGAGAUCCUGCAGCUUUUCCGUCGCGAUGCUGAACAUGCGGCGCCGCACUCCCCCACGGCUGCGAACUACGACUUGGGCGCUAAGCCGAGGAUUUUGAAGGAGGCUGGGUCUUUGCCCACAAGUAGUGCCGGGUCGAGUAGGGAAGUUUCGGUUGCGAGGGAAAGAAAAGUCACGCCGCCGAGUGCGACAUCGAAAAGGGAGGAUGCGGUGUAUGGUCGAAGAUGGUAAUUCGCCUUUCCUGAUAGGACUAGACUCUAGAUAUGGGUGGCUUUCUUCAUCUGCACUGGGGCAUUAGACAUUUUGUUUCUUCAUUUUUGUACUUUUUGGAGCAUGACGGAGUUUGAAUCUGGAUAGACUCGAGCACUAGAGUACAUAGUGGUUGGAGAAGAUACCCAUGGUGGGGGGGAGAUGGAAUGAUGGGUUGGUGGGUUGGGUUCACGGCUUGUGACGACUUUUUACGAUAGAUGACUAUGGAUAUUACGUUACUAUGACUUUGAAAAUAGGCGAUUGACGAAGUUUUGUUGCAUCUCGCACGUUUGUUUACAUUUGAAGGUGAAGGUGGUCAGGUGAAUGGUUGUUGUCUGGAAAUUGCUUAUGGUCUCUCAGCAUUGGGGAUUGCGGUAUCAACAAUUGUUGAUGGAAUUGAGUGAAUAUGGAAGAAAGCAGCUUAGAGUACUCUUGUCGAACUUAUACAAUAGAACUUUAGUAUUUCAGAAAAUAUUUUGACAACACACAAGAAUUUGAAAAACUCGUUCAUUAAGCUCAGGUUGGUACAAACUUGAUACAAUAUUAUCAUCCAAUCUACGGAAAUGCAAACGCAGGGUAUUUCCAAGUAUGAAAGCGCUUAGUAGACCUCAAGCACAUAUCUCAGAUCCUCCUUCAGUCUUUCAAUCUCCUUCCUUGGAUCCACCUUCUUCCCAACCGCCUUCGCAUCUCUGGCAAUAGCCUCCUCCAAAACUUCCGUAACAUCCGGAACAGGCCAGGUUGGACCACAAAGGUAGAACGCGCCCUCUUCCUUGAUGUACGCCUUGAUGAUAUCGCUGAUGGUCUGUCGCAUGCGGUCCUGGAUGUAGAUCUUUUGCGGCUGAUCACGCGAGAAUGCACGGCCGAGGAGAGUGAUAACCCCGGCGUCUUGAUAGGCUUCCCAUUCCUCGCCGUAGAGGUACUCCUCGCGUUGAUGGCGAGAGCCCAUGUACAAGAGGAUGGAGCCGAUUUCCUUGCCUUGAGCCUUCUGCAUAGCACGGUACUGAACGAAAGCGCGGAAGGGGGCAAGUCCUGUGCCGAGACCGGCCAUGAUGAGGGGCGCGGUGUCUUUGACGGGAAGCUUCAUCACGGAGGGCUUGACGGAUGCCGUGACCUUUGCGCCGAUGGGGAGCUGGCUUAAGUACCGGGUAGCUUGACCAAAGCGGUCACGGCCUUUGGUGUCGACCCAAUUGACGACGACGAUCAUGAGAGCUACGGUUGUAGGCCCAACCAUUUGACUGGAGGCGAUGGAGUACUCUCGUCUCUUCAUGGGUGAAACGAUCUGGGCGAUGUCGUGGAAGCUGGGAUGGGCGGACGUAAAUUCGAGGAGGAUAUCAGCGAAGGUGAUUGUGUCGACUUCAGCGCGGCGCUUGAACUCGUUGGCACCUUCCGGACCACCAAGGGUAAGGAGCUCCUUCCUCUCGUUCUCAUCUGAUGCGAACUCUGCUAGGGCUUCGUAGAACUUCUUGGGUGGCUUGCCGAAGAUGUCAAUAUUCUGUACCAGAGACUGGAAGAUUGUUCUGGUCUCGAGGACUGCUGGAUCCUCUCUGGAAGGAACUUCAACCACGUCUUCCGCAUUGAGACCAUAGAAUUUCAUGAACUCGAUAACAUCCUCGACAUCAUUCUCAGCAUGAAUGCCAAGAGCUUCACCAAUGUUGUACUUCAGACCUGAAUUGCCCAGGUCGAACUCAAUGUGGAAGAUGUUACGAUCAUAUGUCAGAGGUGUUAGACGACGAUUCUCCUUGACAGUGAUCUCGUAGGUCUUGGUAGACAAGUCAGGUCUAAGAGCAGUCCUCGUGCCAUAAGCCUCCUUGAAAGCAAGAGCCUUGGCAACGGAUUGCCAGUUUUUGAGGAAUGCAGGUGGCUCCUUGUCUUCCUUUUCGAAGCCUGUGAAGCUGCUCGAGUUGAUAGUCUGUGGAAGAUCUGGUACUUCUGCAUCGACCUCAACCUCAGCCCAGGACUCCGGGAUCUCCACUUGUCGAAGGACCUUAUCCAGAUCAGCUGCAACCUCGGUCAACAGGGUUGAAGUGCCGUUGAUAUUAGCAAGCUUCUGGAAUCCGGUUUCCAGAAUUUCGAGGCGAGCGACUUUCAGGAAAGCCAACUCUGUAAUUAGUGCCGCAACAGCAGCAUCCUUCUCAACAGCUGAUGACUGAGCCGGGUCCAGAAUAAACAAGGAAAUGCUUCUGAACUUGAUUUCAUUUCGGACAGAAGCAGACAACUUCUUCUCCAGAUCUUCGUCCUUGACUCCAGGAAGCGAAAGGACAAGUGAGCCACCAGUCUUGAUGUUUUUGACAAUAGCGAUUUGUUUAAGAAGCUUCUCCUCCCCGACGACAGUGACAUCAGCCUCUUCGAUUGGAUAGAAUGAAUCAACCGAUUUCUUGGAUGUUCGAAUGUCGGUUCUCACUGUGCCGCCUUGCACCAAGUUAUCGUGAGUUUGGCUGAGUACAACGUUGCUGGCUGAAUCUCCAGAGAGCAACUUGCUGAUGGCAACUGGCGCAGUUGAGGCUGCAGAAUCCUGGACAUCCCAGAAAGUGUAUUGCUCAGCUUGUGUAGUGUUGAGCAACUCAAUCGGAGCGGCCUCAUCAAGUGACUUGAUUGCAAACUUCUGGAAAUAAGCGGCCACGGAGUUUGGUGUCAGCGUCUCGGCUCGUGAAUACUUCAAGUCCACGACAGUAGGGGGAGCGCGCCAUUUUUCUGAGAAGACAGUCGCGGCGAGGACAUCUUCGUAGAGGUUCGAGUGCACAGAUUUGUCAUUCACAGCUGUCGAGUCCACGACCUGCCCAAGAACGGCGAUGGUUGAAACAGAGUUGGGAAGCACUUUCAGGAAAGCGUCUUCAGAAAAUGGCCUGUACACUCGGACGGUGACAACACCAACGUUUGUUCCCUGUGAAGCAAGCUGCUCUGCAACUUGUCCAGCUAGAGAGCUUUCCACGCUGCCGAAUACAACCAGAACAGUCUCUGCAGAGUUACUGCCACGAUACUCAAAAAGGCCAUAUGCAGUACCAAGCUCAUUAUUGAAGGCAUCCAGAACGUGGGCCGCCUUCGUCUCGGCAUCAGCUCUCUUGCUAAUCUUGGAAAUUUCUUUCAAAACGUUCUUGUACGCAGUAUCCAAGCCGGACUGGUUAAGAACAUCGAUAACUCGCAGAGUGUCCCGACCAACAUUGACACCAUCGUAGAUAUGGAUAGUUGGGAGAACAGUGGCCAAAACGGUCGAAAAGAGCGACAUGUGCUGAGCCUCAUACGGAGAUGAGCUAGAAACAAGUCCCAGCCCUAGUUCCUCUGCAACAGUGAAGGCAGUCGCAUAGUCAGUGACGAGCCCACGGGUAGCACCAGGAGCAUAAUCUACUGCUGCAAUGUGCGCGACAAAGGGGUUUGCGAUAGAGUAUAAGAGGGAGAGCUGAUCCAAAGCUGAACGUAGGUUGUGCAAGCUCGAAGAUGAAGCUAGGAGGGAUUGCGGAAUGUGUCUCUUUGCCAGAUCGAAAUCCUUCGAAAACAUAUAUCCCAAGGCAAACGACCCAGCUCCCGAUCGUGUUUGUAAAGACGCAACUUCUGUGGUAUAUCCGUUGGCAUUUACAGUAUUGGCAGCAGACCACGCCUUUGCAGCAACAUCCAAAUCGAAGGACUCGGGGGAGUACGAGAAGAUCUUGUCGGAGAGAGCGUACGCGACCUGUUGAACCAAGGUUUGCGCAGUGAGGUAGGUAGGUCCACUGAUCGAUGAAAACUCUAUUGGUUGGCCAAAGGGCAGACUCGAUGAUUUCUGAGUAAAUUGGGGGAACGUGGUGGAAUUAUCAUCACUCGAGUUCCAUAUGCUCGCAAGGACAUCACCGCCAGCAGGCACCUGCAAUUCCACGUCAGAAUAGCUCUUUGGUUGCAAUUUCAUUGUGUGGUGAUAUGAUAUGAAAUGUAGUCACUUACCUGAGGUUUCUUCGUAGUCUCGAGGCCAGAAAUAGGUUCAGCUGCCUUGCGUUUCAUACCCCUACUUGGCGAUAAAUCCAAAUCCAUUGGCUCACCCAUACUGAACUGCGCUUUGACAGCUUCACAAAAGCUUGUAGUAUCAAACUGCAGUUGAUAUUUAUUCGACUCAAUUGCUUCAAGUUCCAGGUGACUUGAAGUUGAGUGAAGACUGGUGAUGAAGUGGAGAAAAAAGUGACGGGCGGCAAAAUCAACAGCUUACCUACCUCUUCUACGAAAGGAAAGGAAAGGAAACUUAGCCUGAACUAAUCAAUUGUAGUCUAGCGUCCAAUAUCACAAGCAGCAUCCAUUCCGGCAGUGGAGGCUGGAUUGCAAAUUAGUCGGUAUGGGGGGGCCCAGACAAAGCAGAAGAUGCGCCAAAGUUGGAGCCAGAAGUGAAAAAG